UAGGUUGCUGUCUGAGGCUCUGCUGACUGACAGACCUGUCGACCAAUCACAGCGCGGCUCUGCUGCUCUGCCGCGCUGUGAUUGGUCGCUGCGGUGCCAGGGGGCGGGGCUGUGAGAUUACAGCAGCAUCUCUCUCUGCGGAUGCAGCAUCACAUCUGGACGCAUCUGCAUCUGGAGCUGCUCUGCUGCUCUGAACGGAGACCAGACCAGAACCAGACCUCCAGACCUCCAGACCUCCUCUCCUCUCCGAGCAGCGACGGUCCGGGUUCCGCUGCCUGUCCCCGGUGCCGCUCCUCCGGUCUGAUCCGGUCCUGUUCUCCGGUACCGGGACUAACGGACCUGCUGCUGGUAGCAACACGGAGCGACCCGGGAGGGGGGUGAUGGACUGAACGGAUCCGCAGCUGAGGGUUGAGGCCCGGAUGAGCUGCGACACAUCCGGACCGGCUGCGUCUGGUCCCGGUUCUGGUUCUGGUCCAGAGACUGAAGAGGAUUUCACACAUUGAUCAGUGUUUUAGUUCUGGUUCUGGUCCAGUCUCUGGUACUAGUCCUGGUCUGGAUUAGAGCCCAUCAGGAUCAUCAUAAUCCGGGUUCUACUGAGCUGGAUUUAACUCUGAGAUCUGAUCUGGAUUACUCUGCUCCUGGACCUGAUCGGGUCACAUCUGACCCGGUCUGAACCGGUCCCGGUCCUGGUGUGAUCCUGGUCCUGGUCCUGGUCCUGGUCCUGGUCCUGGUCCUGGUCCUGGUCCUGGUCCUGGUCUCUGCUGUCGCCAUGCCGACGUCCCGGCCCGGUUCUGCUCCGGUGGAGUUCUGGGUGGACGGGUCCAGGAGGGACGGGUCCGUGGAGGAGGUCUACACCCUGAGCUCGGAGCUGGGCAGAGGAGCGACGUCCAUCGUGUAUCGCUGUGAGGAGAAACAGACUCAGAAACCCUACGCCCUCAAAGUCCUCAAGAAAACGAUUGACAAGAAAAUAGUUCGUACAGAAAUCGGCGUCCUGCUGCGUCUCUCCCACCCCAACAUUAUUCAGCUGAAGGAGAUCUUUGAGACGGACACUGACAUCGCUCUGGUUCUGGAGCUGGUGACGGGAGGAGAGCUGUUCGACAGGAUCGUGGAGCGAGGCUACUACAGCGAGAGAGACGCCGCGCACGUCAUCAAACAGAUCCUGGAGGCUGUGGCGUAUCUGCAUGAGAACGGCGUCGUGCAUCGUGACCUCAAACCAGAGAACCUCCUGUACGCCGACCUGUCGCUGGACGCUCCGCUGAAGAUCGCCGACUUCGGUCUGUCGAAAAUCAUCGAUGACCAGGUGACCAUGAAGACCGUCUGUGGUACACCGGGCUACUGUGCUCCAGAGAUCCUGCGGGGAAACGCUUACGGCCCCGAGGUGGACAUGUGGUCGGUGGGCGUCAUCCUCUACAUCCUACUCUGUGGGUUCGAGCCCUUCUUCGACCCGCGGGGGGAUCAGUACAUGUACAGUCGGAUCCUCAACUGCGACUACGAGUUUGUGUCUCCGUGGUGGGACGACGUCUCCCUCAACGCCAAGGAUCUGGUCAGUAAGCUGAUCGUCCUCGACCCUCACAAGCGCCUCAGCGUCCAGGAGGCCCUGCAGCACCCGUGGGUGCUCGGCAAGGCCGCCCGCUUCUCCCACAUGGACACCGCCCAGAGGAAACUACAGGAGUUCAACGCUCGCCGCAAACUUAAAGCUGCCAUGAAGGCCGUCGUGGCGACCAGUCGGAUGCACGAGGGUUCGAGGCGUCGCACCGACAGCUGUGAGAUGCCGGGCUCGGGGGGUUCCAGGCAGAGCAGCAUGCAGCAGGACCCGCCUCCUCCGUCAACAAGCCCCGCCCCCGCAGACGACGAAGCCCCGUCCCCGGGUCAGCCGCCGCCGCCGCCGCACGAAGACGAAUCAAAGCCCGCCGACCAAAGUGCCCUCAGCCCCUCCCCUCCACGCAGCCCCAAACCACCCGGCUCCGAUGUCACGCCCACAGGCUCCGCCCCCAUCAGACCGCCGCUGCGGGCCGACGGACUACGACAGGCGUCCAUCGUCCCCAAAACCAUACCGGUCCAGCCGCGACUGCCGCAGAAGAGCUACUCCAUGAUAGAGCCCGCCGCCUACAGGGUCGAGGCCACGCCCACGUUGGCCACGCCUCCGAGUCCCAACAGCCUCAGCAACGGCUUCACGCCGGGGGCGGAGCCCGCCAGUAAGACCGCUCACUGCCAGUGAUCAGCUGACAAACAGAGCGGAGACGCUUCGGUUUCUCACGGCCACUAAAACAUCGAGGUUCAUCCGUCCGUCUUUACAAACAUCUGCAGUCAUUUUAGCAUCCGGAGCUAACGUUUACCAUUAACCUCCAUGUCUGUAGCUCUGCGGCUACGCUGACAUGCUAACGGCUACGUGCUAACCGAGGCCGUUCGGUGUCGGUGCAGCCGGACGGUUGUUCUGGUUUCACUGCUGGAGGAUUCAGGACAUGAAAAACUAAAAGCAUCUGUUCCACAUCUGGACCGACGAGGGAAUAAACUCUGCUCCUGUUGCCGUGGUAACAACAACAACUAAACACAAAAUGAAAGGGUGUGUCUCUCGCGGUGUUUGGUGGCUCUUCUUACCACGGUAACCGUAGUAACAGAUGAAUCAGCAUGUUUGAGACCAAAAUGAAAGCGUUGCAUCGGACUCACCUAAUCUGGAUCUGGAUCAGUUCUGAUGACGUCCGAUCACAUUCACACCUGGUGGUCAAGGAUGAUUACAACGGGACGUAGGAGACGACGACGGGACGUAGGAGACAACGACGGGACGAAGGAGACGACGACGGGACGUAGGAGACGACGACGGGACGUAGGAGACGACGACGGGACGUAGGAGACGACGACGGGACCUAGGAGACGACGGGACGUAGGACACGACGGCGGGACGUAGGAGACGACGGCGGGACGUAGGAGACGACGACGGGACGUAGGAGACGACGACGGGACCUAGGAGACGACGACGGGACCUAGGAGACGACGACGGGAUGUAGGAGACGACGACGGGACCUAGGAGACGACGGGACGUAGGAGACGACGACGGGACGAAGGAGACAACGACGGGACGUAGGAGACGACGACGGGACCUAGUAGACGACGGGACGUAGGACACGACGACGGGAUGUAGGAGACGACGGCAGGACGUAGGAGACGACGACGGGAUGUAGGAGACGACGACGGGACCUAGGAGACGACGGGACGUAGGAGACGACGACGGGACGAAGGAGACGACGACGGGACGUAGGAGACGACGACGGGACGAAGGAGACGACGACGGGACGUAGGAGACGACGACUGGACGUAGGACACGACGACGGGACGUAGGACACGACGACGGGACGUAGGAAACGAAGACGGGACGUAGGAAACGACAACGGGACGUAGGAGACGACGACGGGACGUAGGAGACGACGACGGGACGUAGGUGACGACAACGGGACGUAGGAGACGACGACGGGACGUACCAGACGACGACGGGACGUACCAGACGACGACGGGACGUACCAGACGACGACGGGACGUAGGAGACGACGACGGGACGUAGGAGACGAAGACGGGACGUAGGAAACGACAACGGGACGUAGGAGACGACGACGGGACGUAAGAGACGACGACGGGACGUAGGUGACGACGACGGGACGUAGGAGACGACGACGGGACGUAGGAGACGACGACGGGACGUACCAGACGACGACGGGAUGUAGGUGACAAUGACUGAAUGUGGGUGACUACAACAAGACAUAUGACAACAGCACGUAUGACAACAGGACAUAGGUGACGACAGGAUGGGACGAUGACGGGACGUAGGUGAUGAUAGGACCUAGGAGACGACGACGGGACGUAAGAGACGACGACGGGACGUAGGAGACGACGACGGGACGUAGGAGACGACGACGGGACGUAGGAGACGACGACGGGACGUAGGAGAAGACGACGGGACGUACCAGACGACGACGGGACGUACCAGACGACGACGGGACGUAGGUGACAAUGACUGGACGUGGGUGACUACAACAAGACAUAUGACAACAGCACGUAUGACAACAGGACAUAGGUGACGACAGGACGGGACGAUGACGGGACGUAGGUGAUGAUGGGACCUAGGAGACGACGACGGGACGUGGGUGACUACAACAGGACGUAAGACAACAGGACGUAGGAGACGACGACGGGCCGUAGGUGAUGACAGGACGUAGGUGACGACGUCGGGACGUAGGUGACGACGUCGGGACGUAGGUGACGAUGACUGGACGUGGGUGACUACAACAGGACGUAUGACAACAGGACGUAGGGGACGAUGAUGGGACAAUGACGGGACGUAGGUGAUAACAGGACAGGACGACGACGGGACGUAGGUGAUGACAGGACGUAGGUGACGAUGAUGGGACAAUGACGGGACGUAGGUGCCACGUCUCCUCCAAUCAGGAAGUGAGUCCAGAUGAGGGCUUCGGAUCGGUCCGUCCACGGAGACGAGCUUCAUUUUGGUCCCAAACUUCCAGUUUAACUCUGAGAACAGACCUGAGAUCAGUUUGGUCGCUAGUUUACCGUCACUGAUGGUGAGAUGUUCAGAUGGAGUCAGGAUGGGGUUAGCCUAGCUUAGCAUAAAGACUGGAAACAGGGGAGCUGUGAUUCUUAAAUUUCAGAGUGUUCCUGAACAUCUCACUGUCAAACGUUCUGAUUUGGGACAAAUGGAGACUCUUCUUCUUCUACUUCUACUUCUUCUUCUUCUUCUUCUUCUUCUUCUUCUUCUUCUUCUUCUUCUUCUUCUACUUAUACUUAU